UCUCUGAUAAUUGCACUAUGGAUUGGACAGGAUGGUGACUACUACAUUAUAGUCCUCGAUAGUCUCGGCCCUUCGCUCGAGGAUCUUCUUAACUACUACAACCAAAAGUUUUCACUCAAGACCAUCCUCCUUAUCGCCAACCAGGCCCUCUCUCGGAUUAAUAAGGAAAUAUAUUUUGCACCAUCGACUUCAGCCUGGCAAAGGAGAUCGGCGAUACGGAGCAGGAUCAGCACUAGGAGAGUCACACCUUUAGCGGGCCUGAAGGCGGCGACAGACAAGGAGAAGAAUAAGCUGAUAAAGGAGAAAAAACUAACUUUAUCCAUAGAAACGCUCUAUAAGGGGCUUCCCAACGCGUUCAUUACAUAUAUCAACUACACCCGGCAUACCUUCAUCGGCUAUUCCAUCAUCUCUUCCAGUUCAAGGGUUUCAAGUACGAUAACAUAUCGAUUGGACAGAGAAGCUAUUCAACGAGACACAUGGACGAACCUGCACGCCAACGCCAGAGACUAA